GUAGGUGGAGACUAAAAAUCGGCAGAAAAGGGACAACCCCGAAGGAGAGCAGGACAACGGAAGAGGAUACAGUGCGCCACGCGCUAAUGAUUGAUACGUCAUGGCCACUUCACCAACACCAUCAUUAGACUCGCUACCGGGUGCAUCGAAUUCGAUAGGUUCGUUUGGGGAACCGGCCGAUUACUUGUCGGACUCCCCACUGACAACACUGAGCGGUGGUUCAGGAACAACCGGAUCAUCACCACCGGCCAGCGAUUCGGCGAUUUGUGACGAUUUUGCGACCUCGUCCAGUCUCGAGUCCGCUCAGUCGAACAACGGCUCGUCGGAGUCGCUGUUCCCACGCUGUACCGGUUGCAAGAGCAAGCAAUCGGAUGCGGUUGCCAAAUGUAUGGACUGCGAUAACUUCCUGUGCGCCAACUGUGUCACUGCGCAUCAGUUCAUGCACUGCUUCGACGGUCAUUCGGUGUAUCGUAUUACGGGAGCCACCGGAAGUGGUGGUGUCGGUGCGAUUGGUUCGAUCGGUUCGAUCGCGGCACCUGGCCUGACGUCUGGGACGGUCACGACUACGGCUCCGACAACUCCGACACUUGGUGGACUGCUGGGUGGAUGUCUGGACGCACCAGGACUGCUUGCUAGCAGCAUUUUAGGUGGUGGAAGCACUGGAGGAACCGGAAAACUAUUGCAUGGCUUUGAAACGUCUCAUCCGCGACUCACCUCGCUUAAUCUGACCAUCAAGGACGAUGCCAGCAGUUUGGUGAAAUCGAUCAUGAACAAUGUGAUAACGCCACCGACUUCGAAUGGUGUCGGAUCGGGUGCUCCAGGGAGUGGCGGUUGCACACUCAGCAACAGCAACAGCAGCAGCAGUACGACUAGUGGCAGCAACAGCAGCAACAGCAGCACGAGCAGUGGAACCGCUGGCAGCAGUCUGCUGAAUCAGGUCAACAGUCAGCUUUCGUCCGUGAUGCAGCAAUCGAGCGGGUUGGGAUCGGAUCUGCUGCUUUCGAACGGUCUCGUCAGUGGUGGUGGACUUGGUGGACUUUUGAGCAAUGGUGGCACUUCCGGUGGUGGACUAACUGGCCUCGGAGGUGGUGUGUUGGGAAGCAACAAGCCGAACUACUUCUGCAAGCGCCAUCCGAGUGAGCUGCUCAAGUUCUUCUGCCGCACGUGCAGUGUGCCGGUUUGUAAGGAUUGUAUGCUCUUGGAUCACCCGAGUGGUGUGCAUGAAUGUGAGCAUAAUUCCGACACAACACCGAAGCAAAUCGAAAGCCUACUGCACACGGUGUCGGAGGUGCGUGCAAAGGCACAGGAUCUGCGAUCGCUGAUCAAAAACGUCGAACACAACAGCCAGCGGAUUCAGAUGCAAUACCACAAGGCGCAGAAUGAGAUCGAGGACACGCACCAAUUCUACCGGUCGAUGGUGGACGAGCGGAAGGCCGAACUGCAGAAGGAGCUGGAGAAUUUCUUCAACGCAAAAACGGUAUCCCAAACGGUGCUGUUGAACCGCAGCCAGGAUCACGUGGACAAGAUGCUGCAAAGUUGCGAGUUUGUCGAGCGGCUGACGAAAUGUGCCGGACCGUCUGAAACGAUCAUGCUGCGGAAGUUCAUGGAGAACAAGCUGCUGCUUUUCCCGGCCAUUACGCACGAUCUGCAAGCGUCCUACGAGCUGGAGUUUGUGUCGAACUACCAAGCCAUCCAGAUUGGGGUUCGCAACACGUACGGUUACAUCCGCUCGAAUGCGGAUUUAACCAGCACCACCACGAAGCAGCCACCGAUCGCACGUCCCACAUCGACGUCGAAUGGCAUCUCGCUGCUGGGAGGCGGUGGCAAUCGCAGCUCUAGUCCGUCCAGCAGCAGUACCGGCAGUUUGAAUUUGAUCCAUCACCAUCACACCUCCAACGGAGGAGGUCUCAUGAACGGUGGCAAUGGUGCUGGACCGCAUCUGCUCGAUCACCAUCAGCAUCAGCAACACCAGCAGCAUCAGCAACACCAGCAACAGCAGCAACAUCCGCAUCAGCAGCGUUCCUUUGGAGGAUCGCUUGUAAAUGGUGGCCACGGAGUCACCGGUAGUGGUCUUUCGACAUCGCCACUAAGCGGAUGUGGUGGAGGCGCUGGUAGCAUUGUAAACGGACUUUCAUCGGCUUUCGAUACGGCAAACCUCAUCUCGAAGCGGUUCAACAGCGCCAACAGCUUGGGUCCGUUCGUUGGGGAACCCUCCAUUGGUCAACCGAUUGGCAGUUCGUACGAAAAGUGGAGCAAUGGUGGUACGGAUCUGUUCAACAACAUCACCGAUCAGUACACGAUCCCUCUGAACCCGAUCGGUGGUGGCGGUGGAGGUGGUGGUGGUGGCGGAGGUGGUGGUGGAGCUGGUGGUGCAGGACAGCAGGACGCAACUGCGGCAGCCAUGAUCGACCUAUCGGCGAAGCUAAUGUCCUCCUCGAUGUUCCCACCGAAGAGCCAGAUCAAGCGCCAGAAGAUGAUCUAUCACUGCAAAUUUGGUGAGUUUGGCGUGAUGGAGGGUCAGUUCACGGAACCGAGUGGAGUGGCGGUAAACGCGCAGAACGACAUCAUUGUUGCGGACACCAACAACCACCGGAUACAGAUCUUCGACAAGGAGGGUCGUUUCAAGUUCCAGUUUGGUGAGUGCGGAAAGCGCGAUGGUCAGUUGCUCUACCCAAAUCGGGUCGCUGUGGUGCGCACUUCCGGUGACAUCAUCGUAACGGAGCGUUCACCGACGCAUCAGAUCCAAAUCUACAACCAGUAUGGUCAGUUUGUGCGCAAGUUCGGUGCGAAUAUCCUGCAGCAUCCGCGCGGUGUCACUGUCGAUAGUAAGGGCCGUAUUGUGGUUGUUGAGUGCAAAGUGAUGCGUGUCAUCAUCUUCGAUCAGUCGGGCAAUGUGUUGCAGAAGUUCGGUUGCAGCAAGCAUCUGGAGUUCCCGAACGGAGUUGUCGUUAAUGACAAGCAGGAGAUCUUCAUCAGUGACAACCGUGCGCACUGCGUGAAGGUGUUCAACUACGAGGGCCAGUUCCUGCGACAGAUCGGUGGCGAAGGUGUCACAAACUACCCGAUCGGUGUUGGCAUCAACGCCAGUGGCGAGAUCCUUAUUGCGGACAAUCACAACAACUUCAAUCUGACCAUUUUCACGCAGGAUGGUCAGCUGGUGUCGGCUCUGGAGAGCAAGGUUAAGCAUGCUCAGUGCUUCGAUGUGGCACUAAUGGACGAUGGCAGUGUUGUGCUGGCCAGCAAGGACUAUCGGCUGUACAUCUACCGGUACGUGCAGGUGCCUCCGAUUGGCCUGUAA